AUGAUUGCGGCUAUAUCACCAGCUGAUAUUAACUAUGAAGAAACAUUGUCGACAUUACGCUAUGCUGAUAGAGCAAAGCAAAUUAAAAAUAAGGCGUUAAUAAACGAAGACCCCAUGGAAUCAUUAAUUCGCCAAUUGAAAGUAGAGAAUGAGAAACUGAAGAAAGCACUGAACUCUACAGAACUACCUUCAUCAGUUGUUGUGAAAGACCUUACACCUCAGCAGAUAGAAAAUCUUAAACAACAAAUGAGAAGAGAAAUGAUGGAACAGAUGGAAGCGAAUUUAGCUGCAAUUGAAGCUCAAAAUCAAACCGUAUUCGAGGAGAAACUACAACAAGCUCGAAAGGAGAUAGUUCAACAGUCGAUGAUAGCUGAGAAAAAGGCAGGUGACUCACGUAAUGCCUUGAAACAAAAACCGUAUCUAUCAAACCUGAAUGAAGAUCCACAACUGUCUGGAGUUAUUAUACAUAUUCUAUCUCAUAAACGGACUGGAAUAGGACGGGAACCACCGAGUCCAAAUGAAACACAGCCAAGUGAUAAUUCAUCGAAAAUUCAUUGGAUUCAAAUGAAAGGUUUAUGUAUGCUGGAUGAACAUGCACUCAUAAUAAGGCAUGGUAGAACUGGUUCAGAGGUCGAAUUACGCACGUUGCCUAGUGCUAGUAGGAUGACAAAAGUGAACGGAAUUCCUAUAAAGAAAUCUGUUACACUUCAGCAUAAAGAUCGUAUACUAUUCGGUUCACAUCAGUUAUAUAUAUUUUACAAUCCACUGUCGAAGGAAUUCGCAGAUGAACUGAAAUCUGGUGGUGAAAUGGAAACGAUUGACUGGGAAUUCGCACAGCGUGAAUUAGCACAAGCUACAGGUUUUGAACAGCUUGGAAAUAAACCUAAAAAGAAAGAGGAUGCAAUACUACAGGAGGAGUUGCUGGAACUGUUACCGCUAAUAAAUGAAGUUAAUGCCAUAGCUGAUGAACUAAACAAACAAAGAAUAUUUGAAGUAAUCUUACUGCCACCAACCGCACAGGCUUUGAAAUUUGGUGAACCGAAACGUACUAAAGUCAUGGUUCGCAUGAAGUGCACGAAGACAGGUCACAUGUGGUUAUGGGAAAGCGGAAAGUUUAUGACACGAAGGUUUUUAAUGCAGGACAUGUAUCAGAAGUAUUUGAACAAAGAGUUAGAGGAUUAUUCUGAGGACUCUGAUCCUUUCUGGGAGCCACUAGAAGAUUUAUUUAUUGGUAUAUCCCCAGCAUUUCUUAGAGCAUUAUCUUAUCGUCUUGAUGUUGAUGAAGAAUUGAAGAUUAUGGAUUUUGUUGGUGAUGAGAUAGGAACUAUCAGUGUGAAAUUAAUUCCGUGUACAUCGCCUAUGUCAAUAUCUGCAAAACCCUCAAGCACAGUGAAUACUUAUGAUCUUGAUGAAGUCAAGUUUAUAGAAGAUCCCAGAGAACUAAUCGGUAAACCAUAUCACUUUAAGAUAGUACUACACUCACUGAAUUUGUACAACUCAGAUCAAAGUCAACAAAAGUUCACAGUAUAUUAUCGUGUGUUUAAGGAAGCACAACUUACAAAAGCCUCUAUUGAAUCGAAUAAGAUGUAUACACGUCUAUGUUCAAUGGAUGUAAUUACGCAAGAACACUUGGAUUAUUUAACACAGAUUUUAUAUGCUUCAUGGUCUAUGGUUCACAACUUCUGA